GCAAGGUGCGGAUGCAAGGUGCGGACAUAGAUCGUGGAGAAAAGGAUCCGACGCCAUAUACUCGUACAUAAAGGUACACGCGGAUCGCCCGGCAAGGAAUGCAAGUUGCGGAUGCACAAAGCGGUGAAUUUCCUCGUCGUCUCUCCUUGACCCAGCAACUGUCAUCGCUUGUAUUCGUCAAGGCGCGGGGACACCGUUUCGUCACCCACUCAGACUGAGGUCUGCUUCGCGGAAUGUUCAUUAGCCCUAUAACCUGUCUGGCAAUGUAGAGACGAUGAACCAACCACGAAGAGACUCUGUGAAGGCCCCCGUUGUCUGUCUCCCCUGCCGCAAGCAAAAGCGUAAGUGCGAUAAGGCGCUCCCGAGGUGCUCGCUCUGCGUGAGGCUCUGUCGAGAAUGUAACUACACUGAGGCGGCACCCCCGAAUUCUGAACAUCUGACGCUAUUACGCUCUUACCAGCUUACCCCAUUCGCCCCGGCUUUAAUCAAGGAGAACAUUAAGCAGCAGGCGUUUGGUCUUACCGGUGGAGAGAGCGGCUGCCGUGCUUGCUGCAUAAAGUAUUUCGAAUCUAUUCACCAUUGGUUUCCCGUUUUGUCUAAACCGAAGUUUAUGGGGAGACUGCCAGAACUCUGUAGAGCUCCCAGUGCAGGGCAGAGCCUUCUUGUGCUGUGCAUGCUUCUUCUCAACACUCCUCCGACUGAAUCUGGAAUAUUGGGCCAAGCAAGGUCGCUCUACGCUUUAGUAAAAAGCUCAAUCGCUCUAAUCCAAGCGGCAUAUGAGGCUUCACUUGAGCUGCUACAGUCUCAGGUACUUGUGAAGCUAUUUGAAGUCAGCCACGGUAUAUAUCCAGCGGCUCAUGAUACAAAUAUAGCAAACACGAUAAGAGCACUAGCGUCAACGAGCUAUGGUAGAUUGCACCUGUGGGAGAAUAAUCAUGAGGGCGGCUUGGUCGCAACAGAAGAAGUUGCUCGAAUCUGGCAGGCUGUUGUAAUACUGAACAGGUAUCUUGGUUUGCAGAACUCGUCAACCAAAUAUCGAACAACGGAAAUACUAUCACCCACUCAGUUGUUUCCUACCGAUGGUUUGAAGAGCGGUAUGGUGGGAGCUACGAGCGCCGCCGAUUUGUCUGCCAGUAAAACACCUCUUGCCAGCCUAGUCGAAGCCUCUCGUCUGCUCGAACAAGCCUUAACUCAUGUCAAUAAUCCCACCAUUCGCCAGGAUUUCAACGCGGCCGAAGCUAUUCAAUUGAUAAAAACCGUCAUUGCCUACAAACAUGUUUUGACAGAGUCCGAAGUCACAUCUCCUAGUCGACUUGCUAGCCAGGUCGAUAUCUGCAACAGUGCCCUCCUUUCCGUCUUCGAGCUUGGAAAUCACCUCAAAAUACCCCAGGAUAUCUCUUGUCACUUUUCUUCGGGAUUGUUCCGAGAUGCCCUGAUAAACGAGGUUGUCAGCGCGGCUAAACAAUUUGAGGGAAGCUUGGCGCCUACGAACCUCUCGGAUCUCUGUCCAUUUUCACUCCAUCCGAUCCUCAAAGCGGCAGUAAUACUUGCUUCCAGCUCAGAAAAUUCUGAUGAGUUUCAUCGUCGUCAGUCUAUAGAGUCUCUCAAAAGUGUCUUAAAUCACUCAAGUAAGAGGUGGUAUAUAGCAAAGCACUACGUCAUGGAAUUACAAAGCGUAGACUCCGGAACAGUAACAACAUAGUUGCAUGCGUGCAUCUGAAAUCUUUCAAAGAAAUCGGCCAAAUGUGAAUGUAGUAAGUAUACUUAGCAUGCGGACAUUAUGUCAAACCACUUCUUCACAUUGGUAUACUUGUCCGUGAUAUCCUUGUAGCCGAUAUCUCUAGGGACCUGGCCGUACGGCAUGUGGAAAAUGACAGCAACCGUGAAUUUCAUCACCAC